CGGUCGCACUCUCUUCCUGUUUUGGUGGCUGUGUGUGGUGCGCUGCUGUGAGGAUGGUGAAGAGGAUGAAGACGGUGGUGGUGGUGGUGGUGAUGAUGAUGAUGAUGAUGAUGAGGGUGAUGAAGACGGCGCACACCUAGUCCCGCUCUCCUCCUCCUCCCCCGGGCUGAGCGCUGACGAUGGCGGGCGGGCUGACGGUGCUGAUGUCGGUCCGUGUGCGGGCGGCGCUGAGCUCCGGGGCCGCGGCGGGGUCGGAGACGCUGCGGCUGCAGCUCAGCAUGAACCCCGAGCGGCCUGGAGAGUUCAGCCUCAGCCUCAGAGACACCUCCAACGGCGGCGGCCGCGUCAGGUCUCUAGCGGAGUUUGAUCUGCGCACUGUGAAGUAUGAUAUCAAGUCGCCUCGCUGUCAUGAGUUGGUUGUGACCAAGCCGCCACACGACACCUUCAGCUUCACCUUCCGCAGCGAGCAGGAGGCUCAGGAAUGGGCCACCAUCAUGCUGUCUUCGCUGAGAGAAGCUCAGAGAGUUGCCAGUAUUGCCUCUCAUCCCACUGACGAAGAACUACACUAUCUGAAGCCCAUAGAAAACAAUGCAACCUUGUCAUUAUCAGCUAAAGAGGAGCUGUGUGCUGACCUGGCCAGAGCCAUAGAAGCUGGAGAUGCACAGACAGCAGUGCAGCACGCUACAACGCUGGCCCACCACCAGAUAUCACUCACUAUACAGCCGGCUCUAAAGAACUUCGAAGACGGGGAGAUCAGCUUAGCCGUCGCAGUGGAAGAUGCCACAUCGUCUUGUUGUGUCACGGUAAAAGUCGUUCCCCAUAUGACUGUGGGCUCCCUCAAGCAGCAGAUGUUCGCAGAAUACGGCUUCCAUCCUCGAGUGCAGCGCUGGGUUAUAGGUCAGUGUUUGUGCUCCGACCAGCGCUCGCUGGGUUCGUAUGGCGUGUGCCGGGAUGGAGACACGGCUUUCCUCUACCUCCUCUCCGCACGGCACGCCCGCCUCAGCCGACAGCAGUGUCAGCAGGACCAAGAGAGCGCCCUCCUGUCACCUGCGCCAAAACCAGCACCGGCACCAGCACCGAAUGCAGCAGGAGGCAGCGGCCCGGCCAGCCAUGACUGGAGGGGCUAUAGCACACUGCCCCCCAGACUCCAUCACUCCAGUACAGGCAGCAGUGGUGGCGGAACAGAAAAACACAGCGUCAGUGAGAUCAUGAACCUGGAGAUGCUGCAGCUGGGUGGCCCCAACAUGAGACAGAAUACGACGGGUUGGUCAUGCCCUUCCUGCACCUUCAUAAACAAGUCCACGAGGCCAGGCUGUGAAAUCUGCAGUACGGAAAGACCCGACGCACAGCUCAGCAGCUCUCAGCCGGUGACGCUUCAUUUAUAAGAGUCCACCAAAUUGCACUGUGAUCAAAGUAUGUACUGUAUGUAUGAUGAGCUGAAGUGUUUCAGGAAAAAGGAAGCAAAUAUGAACGAGGAAACUGAAUACACGACAAACCACCAAUGUGAGUGCAGAAAAAGACUGACGGACCUUUCGUGCACACACAUCCAGCUGGUAAAGAACACAGUGCACUAGAUUUACUCGAUGUGCCGAGUGAACAGAGGAAAAACAGCCUACCUGGACUGUAUUAAGGACUGCAUCAUGGAUGUUCUGUUGCAUGCAGCGUGCCAUGUUCUCUUCCUCAAACCACUAUUCCUCAAAGACGUUUCCGGUCACUUUGUGAUGAGCCUGCUGCAGACGGAGGGAACGAGCAAGAAACAUGCAAACGUUGGGCAGCUCACAUGGUGGUUUAGGUCUGGAAGCCCAUUCCGGUCAUGUGGAGUUGGGGGAAAAUGCAGCUGAGGUUUUUUUUUUCCCCCCUUUUCUUUGUUUCUGGCCCAAAUUUUGACUUAGUAUUUCAUUAUAGACUUUUUUUAUUUUUAAAUAAUGACUUUUCUCAAAAAUAUUGAUUUACUUUGUUGAAAUAAUGACUUCUCAAAUUAUUGAUUCACUAUGUCAAAAUAAUGGCUUACUGUCUCAAAUGUUUGACAUGGGCUAUGAUCACGUUACAAGCCUCAUUGCACAAUUAAGAUUUUUGGCUCAGAUCUGAUCUUUUUUAACCUGAUUAUUCACAUUGGUGUAAGUAUGUGACUCAGAUCUGUCAUUAAUGUGUCCUGAAACAACCCAUAUGUGCACAUCCUAAAGAAUAAAAGCUCUCAGCCGUUCAUUGUUAUCACUUCAGGUUAGGUGCUGCUUCUGCAUUAAUACUGCAUGAUGGUGCAUGCGCAGUGUAAAAUAAAAAAACAGGAAUUGCGAUUUGACCGUUCUCAUAGAGGACGCAUGGCUUCAAACCGGAUAGGCAUCCGAUCUAGGACCACAUCCAAUCUAGGACCACAUAGGUUCUUGUUUGAAAAGAUCAGAUUUGUAUGUCCACACAGCUCUGAAAACAUCAGAUCUGUGUCAAGUUAAAGCAGAAAACUGGAUUUGAGCUGCUUCAGCCUGAUGCGUACGCAGCCUUAAUAUCUCACAAUAAUGACUUAUUUACUCAGAAUUGUAACUUGGUAUCUUAUAAUAAUGCCCAAUAUUCUUAAUGUGACUCACCAUAAUGGCUUAUUGUCUUAAAAUCUGACUUAGUAUCUUCAUGAAAUUAAUAUUUUUUUAUUAAAUUUCUCCAGAAUUUAAUAUAGCAAAUCCAAAUUUGGGCUUUGCUGAACAUAUUGGCAAAAAAAAAAAAAGUCAUAAGACAUAAGUCAAAAUUUAGAGAAGUCAUUUUAUUUCAGAACGCUCAGUCAAAAUUUUGGUUUCAACACUGACUAUAGCCAAAUGGCCAAGGCUGCAAAUCAUCAGAACAGUUGAAUCUUCACACAUUCACAAAUAUGCACCAUUAGUGACAAACCACUAAUUUUCACUCUCAGGAUUCAUUCGAAUCGAGUCGGAGAUGAAACUAAUUGCAUCCAGUCAGAUUUUGUUGGGAAUCACCACUUGUAACCACGUGACGGCGGCCUCCUUAUUUCUAUAGGGUUUUUGAUGAAUAUUUCUAAUGACUAAGCACUUGUUUUUGGUACUGAAGCAAGUUUGUUAGUUGUAUAUUCCAUAUAAAUGAAAAACAUGUUUCCAUAAUUCUGGCCACACAUUCUCCCAAAAUUUUGACAUCAAGAUCCACUGGCUGGGUGGUCUGAGUGACCACUGCAGUUAUGUUAUAUCCAUCUACCUGUGAACGCUGCUGCUAGAAACAGGAGGAAAAAAUAACAUGUGGGGCUUUUAUUUUUUCUCUCCUCUUCAUGGCAGGAAUGGGCUUCUAUUCUUUGGAGUACAAAGUCUCCACAAGCAACUCAGCAAUUUUAACCUCUUUUAAACAACAGCUACAGUGUCCUCUCCUCAAGUGUAAAUACUCGCUCUGAGUCUGUGAAGAUCUUCACAUGCAGACUGAGGUCAAAGCCUUGUUCCGGUGAUUUUCUCUCAUUUUAUUACGUGAAUCACACUAAGGUUUUUGUAGGGUUUGUCGACGUUGGGAUUGAUAAUGCAAGCUAAAAAGAAAAUUUCCGAUCAGUUUUUUUCUGCUGCAUGCAAGUCCUUUCCAAAAUUACUUGUACAGUGGGCAUGCAAAAGUUUUGACGUCCCUGGUCAUAUGACAUGGUUUGUUGUUUUUCUAAGUAAAGAUAAGUUACACAUCCUCUACAAAGAGCAGACUCUUCUGCAUAUUUGGGUACAGUUAUUGUUUAUUUGCUGAAUUUGACACACAUACACACACAUCUUCUAAGCCGCUUAUCCUUCUGGGUCACGGGAGGAGCUGGAGCCCAAUCCAGCAGCCUUUGGGUGGAAGACAGGAUACACCCUGGACAGGUCACCAGUCCCUCACAGGGCAGACACACACACACACACACACACACAUUCUCACACAUGGGGGCAGUUUAGCAUGUCCAGUUGGCCUGACUGCAUGUCUUUGGACUGUGUGAGGAAACCCACAUAGACACGGGGAGAACAUGCACACAGAACUCCACACAGAAAGGACCCUGGAUGCCCAGCCAGAGAGUCGUACUCAGGCCCUCUUUGCUGUGAGGCAACAGCGCUACCCACUGCGCCAACGUGCCGCCUGAAUUUAACACAGUGGGGGGAGAAAAAACAUCAAAUGUGGCCUUUUGCAAAAGUUAUGGCACAUUUUUAAAUGGCAUUUUUCCAAUAUGUUAAACUCAGCAAAUAAGUAAAAAAAGUGCACUUAAAUUUGCAGAAAAUGUGAAAUUUAAAAUGUGUCCGAAAAUCAACAUGUAAUUUCACUGCGGUUGUUUACGACUGUAAACAUGUUCUACUGAAAAGCUACUUUUACCCAAAGAGCAACAGCUUUGCCGACAUUCAUGAUUCUCUUCUGAUGAGAUCCUGCUAAAAUCUUACUGUGCUGUUUUUGAAAAUGUACUGUCUGGUGAUCUCUUUGUUUUCUAUUUUAAUCAUGAGGUGAAAGAUAAUUUACAAAUAUUCAGAUACUUGAUAUCGUUACUUGACCUCAGUCUGCCCUCAUGCCAGUUCCUUGUUGUUCCUCUUGUUAAGAAUCAUCGUAGUGGGGCGGAAGAGCCGUAUGUAGCAGCUUGGUAAAAUACCCUUCACCGAGACCUUGUAAGCAGCCACAACCGGCACGACCUCGCUGAAUAUACAACACACUGAGAAAUCGGAGUCUGACCAGUCACACAGUGGCUCUUAUUUUAACGUUUGACUCGAGUUUCUGACUGCAAAUAAUACAUUUACGGUAAUAAAUGACAUUGUGUUAGUUUUAGGGACAGUAGAUUUGAUUCACCCUGGAGACAUGUAGCCGUCAUUACCACAUUCUGGGUGUGUUGAUUUUGCCAUAACUUUUCAUCUGCCAGACAGAAACAGGGUAAUUUGUAGGUUCUUUUAUUUUUAUAUUAUUAUUUAAUAGAAGGUGAGGUAAAUUUGACUGGAUUUGAACGGACGCCUUUAUACAGAUGGAUUUCUUGUUCAUACCUGUUGAAAACAUAACAUUUAACAAAUUCAAUAAAUGCAAACUAUUCAUUUUU